AGUGCAACUCAUGAUGAAGCCAGGAUUUGAGAAGCUUCCCCUGGGCCAGCCCCUCCCUCCUGGCUUCCCCGCCCCCUUCCUGUUUGCUGAUGGGCUCUCCUCGGUGGACACACUCCUCACAAACAUCCAGGCGGCGCAGGGUCUCCUCAAGGUGGCGGUGGACAACGCGCGGGCGCAGGAGAAACACGUUCAGCAGGAGAGGAAGGAGAUGAAGAUGGAGCUGUACAGAGAGAGAGAGAUGAGGGAGGGACUGGAGAGACAGCUCACCUCCGAACUACACAGCCGAGCCACCAUGCAGAAGCGUCUGAAGAAGGAGAAGAAGGCGAAGAGGAAGCUGCAGGAGGCUCUGGAGUUUGAGUCCAAGCGUCGUGAGCAGGUGGAGCAGGCCCUCAAACAGGCCGGCACCCCUGAGUCCCUGCGCAUCAGUCUGAAUGAGGCAGUGAUACCAGAGAUCGAACCAGAACACAACGGCAACCAGCAGGAGAACUCAACUGUACAGGAGAACAGACCCUACACCAAGCCUUCCAUCAUGUACUGAGGAACCCUAGGCCUCCAGCUGAGCAAGGGGUCCAUCCUGCCGGACGUACCCAGACACAGAGCCCUCUCCCUGGGGGGGGACGCCCGGGGCGUGGGGGCUGGAGGGAAGACCUCCCUCACACUGUACAGAACUGAUGGAGGGAGGGGGG